AUGUCUAAAGAAUACAUCUCCAACCCCCCGGUCCCUCCUCUCGGACCCAGUCCCUCGACCAAACCAGCAACUAUUAUGCCCACCCCCAGUACAACGCCCAUCCAAACGAUCCAAACCUGGGAGAUAGACCGUACACUCUCGGGGAUGCGCAUCGUCUGGGCCAACGGGCAACAUGCGGAGGUUGGACUCUGCGUGGAUGGUCCCACCAAACAAUUCGAGUUCGGACGUCAGGAACGCAUCCAAAUCAUGUAUGUGUAUGUGGGCGAGCAGGUGGAUGGAUUCUGGUUCGUGACGAGCCAUCAGAAGUCGUUUUUUCCAGGGAAGUCGAGCACGCGGUAUGAGAUGGUGGAGUUGGGGAAUGGGGUGUUGGUGGGGUUUGAGGCUAGAGUCAAGCUGGAUCAGCAAGGGAGGGAGGUUGUGUUGGAAGCGCUGGGGGCAAAUUUCAGGAAGGGUAAUUAA